CUUUCAUUCUUACGCAACAAUAAACAUCAACAAUAAAUAAACGGCGGCACACAAAAACAUGGCGGGAUUCACUCAUUUCUUAAAGGUAUGCAUUACUCCGUUCCACGCAUACACGCGCGCACCCCCCACGCCCGCGGAGGAGGGAAGACUCUACUCGACCUUUGGACUCGAUAACUAGUUCCUCCCUCUGAUUCGGUGCUGGCGGUGAUGUCGCUCGCAUUCCAUUCCCAUUCCCAGUGUCCUGGGUCUCGUCUUCUCGGGAUGGGAGAAUCCACUACGCCGCACCCUAUAUCCCUCCAGGACUAUUCCUUAACUGACAACGAUGCAUAUAGACGAUGUUCGUCCCCCUCUUCACAGCCGCGAUACUCUACGUCCUCGUCGCGUGGGUCAUCGUGCCCUUCGUGCGGCGGCACCGCAGCCGCUACAGCCAGUACCUCCCCGUGACGUCCAACGUCGCGGACACGACGGCGUCGUGGCGGACCCGGGUCUCGGACGCCGUGUACAACCUGUUCGUGCCGACGGGGUGGGCGGCGAGGUGGAGGCAGCGGAGGCUGGUGGAUGGGAGUGGUGGGGUCGGGGAGAACCCGGAGGACGAGUUAUUUGACGAUGAGGAGGGGGAGGGGAUGGUCGGGUUCGAUCCGAUUGAUGAGAGGAGGAGGGAGGCGCUGGAGCAGAGGAGGAGUAUGAUGGGCGAGGAGGAUAGGAGGUUGAGUAGGGAGUUGGAACAGGGGUUUAAGGACGAUAGCGACGAUGAGCAUGAGGAUGAGAGGAGGCGGUCGCUGUCGAGGUCGAGAUAACUAUGUGAGGCGACUGCGUUCAUAUCUGAGCCGUAUUAUUGCGGACGGUGAACUGUUGUUUGAAAUAUCUCUGUCAGAUAUGAUUUCUGUGCUUCUUUUCGAUACCCAUCACCGUCGUCACUUCAUCGCAUUUAGGAAGUUCGCAAGCAACGCGGCGCUUUUUCAUCACAGUGGGACUUGCAUAGAAAGGCGUAAUUCUACUUUAUUCAUUAUUGUUCAUAC